GUUUGCAUUGCCCUUUCGUUUUUCCUGCUUUACAACUAAACUUGUUUCCCUGCAAUUGUACGCACGUAUUAAUGUGAGAUAAAGUUCCCAACCUAGAUGCUACGCCUGCCCCCCGCAGCUGCAAAACGGUUAAACAUGUUGCUUUCUUCAUAACCAUAAAACUUCCCUGCAUCACAGACUCCUUGACCAUCCCUUGCAAGGUUUACGUAUGCUUUGCACUUAUAAAAAGUUGCAUAAAAGCCAACCCCGUAUCUCCCAAGGAGUAAUUAUGUCAAAACCCCACAGCAGCUAGCAAGUACUCAACCCAACAAAUACAAUGGAGCCCUCCACCAAUUGUUCCGCAUGCGAUGCUGGCCAUGACGAUGAGACUAGUUAUUUGAACGUACCCUUGCUACUCCAACCAUCGUACGCUAGAUCAAAGUCCUUGCUCUGCGAUGAGUUGCGCCGCUUCAGAAUAAGCCUCAAGUGGUGUGCACUAGAUCACUCCUCACGCCUAGGCAAAUUCAUAUCCUAUCUCAUGUUUGUCUUCCUCACCGUGGUGCCUAUCAUAAGCUCCCUCUCGGUUCAAGUCCCAUCCUCUUUAGCUGCUGACACCACAGCCUUCAACUUCCAGUGCAGUUUCCUGAGUCAGGCUGGCUUUCAGGCUUUUCACUUAUGCUGCUUCUUCAGAAGAUAUGGUUUGAGGCAACUCUUGUUUCUCGACGCCCUGCAACAAGAUACCACCUUGUCAGACGUGGACACGCGGGAGCUGGACAGGCGUUUCGUUACCUAGCCGCAUUCUUCUACCCUCUUUUUUGUCCAAGUUGCGCAUAAGAUCAUAUUCUUCUCCACCGUGAAGAUAUCGCUGCUAGUUAGCUCCGGAUUCCCAUUGAACUCCAUAAGUGUUGUGUGUGCUGGGUCCUGGGUUUACAGGGGGUGUGUUCUGCUCGUCUGCGUGCUGUUUCGGUUGACUUGCGAGCUACAGAUACUAAUUGAAGGGCUCCACAAGAUGUUCGAGGGGCCCGGGUCCGGGUGUGAUGCUGAUGCUGGGGAAAUAUUUCAGGGGCAUGUUAGAAUCAGGAAACAGUUAUCUGUUACCAGUCAUAGGUAUCGCUUCUUUAUUAUUGCGUCCUUGGUCGUCAUCACCGUAAGCCAGUUCGCGGCUUUGUUAAUGGUUUUGGCUUCAAAAUCAGAAAAGAGUUUUUUCAAUUCUGGCGAUCUCCUGGUUUGUUCAGCCGUGCAGCUGAGUGGCUUCUUCUUGUGCUUGUUGGGUGCGGCGAGAAUCACACAUAGAGCCCAAGGAAUGGCAUCGGUAGCAACCAGAUGGCAUAUGAGCAUUAUUAUAUGUGCAAGUAGUGGCGCAGGAUAGAGCGCAAAGCAGCAGGGGAAACUCCAUAACCCAGAUACCGACGUGACCCCGCAAGCAUCUAAAUCUAAAUGCAACAAUGAAAGCGACUCCGACUCUUCAUCAGAUACACUCAUCAGGCUUUCCACACAACAUCCAUCCAGCUUCCAAACCAGGCAAGCUUUAGUGUUAUAUUUGCAACAUAACAACCGAGGGAUCACGCUGUUCGGAUAUGCUCUGGAUCGUGGAUUGCUUCACACUCUCUUUGCAUUUGAGUUCUCUUUGGUGAUGUGGAUUCUCAGUAAGGUUGUUGUUUUGUCUUAGAAUCCCAGUGCUUACCAGUUACGACUCACUACCAACACCAAAAACCAUAUUAUGUUUAUGUCUCUGAGUGUGCCGAAUUGGGGAUUGACCAGCUUGCACAUAUGAAUGGAGGAUGAUCGAAAUAUUAAAUAGCUCAUGUCAAAAAAUAAAUGCUCCAUAUGCAAUUUCUAUGUAGAAGUAGAACUAAACUAGUUUCAUUGACGUUCGUCUUGACUUAAUCCAUACGGGCAAUUUGCUACUCAAUUACCAUGGAUAGAAACUGAUAGAAAAAUAAAAAUCCAAACCAUCACCUUCCGUUUCAUUCUUAUAGUUAGCAAUCACAAUUCUUGUCUGGGUUAAUCAGCUCCAAUCUUUAGAAUAUUGAGGUGUUGUAAGUACCUAAAGAUUUGCUUCUGGGCCAGAAGCUACCUGUUCUUCAAAUUUUAAACAUUUCCCUACUUGUUCCAGCUCCUUCUUCAUUUCCUCUUUCCAUUUUAUAUAUAUUUUUUUCUAUAUUUCCCUGCAACAUGGUAAGAUUUAGUUACCCAGUCAAUGAAUUUUCAAUACUGAAAAGUUGUUGCCCAAACCAGACUCCAUGGCCCAAUGGAUAAGGCGCUGGUCUACGGAACCAGAGAUUCUGGGUUCGAUCCCCAGUGGAGUCGGUUGACGGCUAUGCCUCGAGUUUUUGAUCUUUUGAAA